AUGGAGGGCGUGCGGCCUGGCGGGGGUCCCCCCGCCGGCGGGCCGGGUUCAGGCUCGGGGUCCGGGUCCGGGUCCGGGUCCAGCUCCUUCCCGUCGCUCUUCCCGCCGGGGCUGCACGGUAUCUACGGCGAGUGCCGGCGCCUCUACCCCGACCAGCCCAACCCGCUCCAGGUCACCGCCAUCCUCAAGUACUGGUUGGGGGGACCUGAUCCUCUGGACUAUGUUAGCAUGUACAGAAACCUGGGAAACCCAGCGCUGAAUGUUCCUGAGCACUGGCACUACGUCAGCUUUGGGUUAAGUGACUUGUAUGGAGACAACAGAGUACAUGAGUUUACAGGAACAGAUGGACCAAGUGGUUUUGGAUUUGAGUUGACAUUUCGGCUAAAGAGAGAAACGGGGGAAUCGGCACCACCCACCUGGCCAGCAGAAUUAAUGCAAGGCUUAGCGAGAUACGUCUUCCAGUCAGAAAACACCUUUUGCAGCGGUGACCAUGUAUCGUGGCACAGCCCUUUGGACAACAGUGAAUCUAGAAUCCAGCAUAUGUUACUGACAGAAGACCCUCAGAUGCAGCCAGUGCAGACUCCAUUUGGGGUCGUUACUUUCCUACAGAUUGUUGGAGUUUGCACUGAGGAACUGCAUGCGGCCCAGCAGUGGAACGGGCAAGGGAUCUUGGAACUGCUUCGGACUGUCCCGGUAGCUGGAGGCCCCUGGUUGAUAACAGAUAUGCGAAGAGGAGAGACAAUAUUUGAGAUUGACCCACAUCUGCAACAGGAGAGGGUCGACAAAGGGAUUGAGACAGAUGGCUCAAACCUGAGUGGAGUGAGUGCCAAAUGUGCCUGGGAUGAUCUCAGCCGGCCCCCAGAGGAUGACGAAGACAGCAGGAGCAUUUGCAUUGGGACCCAGCCUCGGCGGCUCUCUGGGAAAGAUACAGAGCAAAUCAGGGAGACUUUGCGGAGAGGGCUUGAGAUUAACAGCAAACCUGUUUUACCUCCGAUAAAUGCACAAAGGCAGAAUGGGUUGAACCACGACCGAGCACCAAGCCGUAAGGACAGUUUAGAAAGCGAGAGCUCAGCAGCUAUCAUUCCUCAUGAGCUAAUCCGCACAAGACAGCUGGAGAGCGUACACCUGAAAUUUAACCAGGAGUCCGGAGCUCUCAUUCCCCUCUGUCUAAGGGGAAGGCUCUUACAUGGACGGCACUUUACAUAUAAAAGUAUUACAGGGGAUACAGCAAUCACGUUUGUAUCAACAGGAGUAGAAGGAGCCUUUGCUACAGAAGAGCACCCCUAUGCAGCACAUGGACCUUGGUUACAAAUCCUAUUGACCGAGGAGUUUGUAGAGAGAAUGCUGGAAGAUUUAGAAGAUCUGAAUUCUCCAGAAGAAUUUAAACUUCCAAAGGAGUACAGCUGGCCCGAAAAGAAACUGAAAGUUUCCAUCUUGCCAGAUGCUGUGUUCGACAACCCGCUGCAUUAGAGCUGAAUUACACCCUUCUAACAACUGGGAGAGCCAAGUUACUGUCCAUUACCCAGUGACUCACAGGAUGAUUAAUGCAGUAAAAACUCUGCCUGCAAAUAAAAGAGUUUGCUGCACAACCACUGCAAACAGAAGAGGAGCUACUCAGCACCAGCCGAGACCGAACUGAGCCCUUUCCUUUAUCCUUCCCAAGGCUGAGCUCUCUGGGAACAGCCUGCGUAUGUGUGAGUGCGAGUGAGAAAUAUUUAACUACGAAAAUUAGUAGUAAGAAUCCUUUCUCCUAGCUACAGAACUCUCCUCUGCCUUAGCCCAGGGUGUAGACGCUCUGCACGCCUGUAUUUACACAUGCAUUUCUGCCAGGUGCGAGCCUAUAAUCCAUGGAUUAAAUGUUCUUUACGUGACUCUGGAGUCCUUUUGUUAGCCAAACUUUUACUGACUGCAGAACUGUUCUUCCAUGUGCUAUUUUUUUUUUUCUUUUCAGAAACAGAAUGGUAUUUCCCCUGUUUAAAGGAGGCCAAAAGCUCACAUGCUUGAAGCUGAACAGAUUUAAAGAUGAACUUUCUAGUUCAGUCAAGAAAAACAAACCCAGAUCCUCCCUGCCCUCAAAUUAGGCAUGUUUAAAGUGUUGGUCUUGGUGCUAUUAGCUAUGGUAUCACUGCAAACAGAGGCAACUUUAUUCUCACGCAUCCUGUCCUUGUGCCUGAACCCCAGGGAAGGUCACAACCUCUGGUUUUGCACAAGCAGGAGGAAGAAAGCUACCGGGGCGGGGGAGAUCUCCUGUUUACAGUGUGUUUAUCUUUAAAGAGAUACUGUCAAGUAUUUUUUCCUUGCUAUUGUACAGAAUUCAAGAAGCUAGAAAGGACCAUUUGUUCACAGGGACAACUUCAGCAGCUCUGCAGGAUCCAGAGGGCUGCUUGAAAGCAUAUGAAAUGGAGAUCUCCACUGCCCUGGCAUAGCAGAGAGGAUACUCAGCGUCAAUAAAGCCAACUAUUCUCCCUGUUCUAGCAGGGCUGUGCCCUAGUGCAACUCCAUUUUCCCCUCUAGCCUCGCUAUGGUGGCUCUUCUUGUUUCUGACGUCCCUCCUUUCAGAUAGAUCUGAACUGUAAAGCAUCAAAAUCAGUUUGAAAAGACCCUCCAUCUAGAUCCCUGUGGCUUCCUCCUUGGAGCAAACGUGGUGUGCAGAGAAGACCGUCUCUGCAGGGUCAGGUUGUGUCUCUGCAUGGAGAUGCUGGCCCCUGUGGAUAUGCUGCAGCAAACCAACGCAGGCUUUACCCCCUGCUGCUGUUGCAGGUUGUUUCUCAUGUGUAUUCCCCAGCCUUCCUCUGCCCAUUGUCUUUUGGUGACAACUUUUCGCUCCUUGUCAGGGGAGGUGCAGCUUUCCUUCCACCCCUGUCUGCCUAUGAGCUGACUUGAUGAUUUAUGCGUAAUUGCUGUGUGAUCGUAAUAGAAGUAUAACAAAAGCCUUUAACGCUUAACUCCCCUGAUCAAACAGCAAAGUCCAGGAGGCCCCACAGUACCCCAGCGUUGGUUUUCUGUUUGUUUUCUGAUUUAAUUUCUUCCUGGCACAGUCAGCUUUGAUGUUUUUUGCAUAUAUUUGAGGCUGGUUAAUGUUGGUCAACAAGCAGAGCUAGGAGCCACAAAGCUUUCCUCAGACUUGCUACAGAAUUCCUCUGUGGCCUCAGGCAAGUCACUCAAUGUCUCUCUGUGCAGAGAGGGUGAUUAUUGACUAGAGGGCUGUAGGACCUACCGAAGCAUGCCAGGGUUUGCAGGGGAGGGCGUGCUUUGUGUACAAAGUAGUAUUUGUAUUAUUAUAAUUGUUGUUAUAUUAUAAUUUAAGGCAGGCCAAAUGCAGGGUCCAACACUGCUGGGCAGAACCUUCCUUUCUGCAAAGCUAUGAAAGCAAUUUACAUGUAAAUGAGUUUGUCAUUUUGUCUGAACUCAGAGGAUCAUCUUAAAAUCCUGCUGCGAAAGAACAAACUUUCAGAUAUCUGCAUGUGCCAGCCAGAGUGAUCUCUGUGCUGUGGCAGACUGCCUUCAUCCGUGGGAUCUCUUGGCCAGUUUUCAUUGUCCUGGUUAGCACUAAGCAUCCCUUCUGCACUGUAGAUGUAUAUGCAGGGUACAGUGUGGGCGAGAAAGAGGCAUGAAAAUGUACCAGUCCAGCUUCAAAAAUGACAUGCCCAAGUGACCCACCGCAAGAUAAUGAACAAACAGACGAUUGUGGCAGUUGGGAAAAAGGCAAGGGCAGCAACUACUAUUUUGUCCCAAAGCCAUCCGCCAACAGUAGCCCAUGGACUGCUCUUGUACGAGCUUGCUGGGGGUGCCUGCAGCAGAACUGGCCUGUUGCCAUGAUGCUGGCUGCUCUUCCUUGUUUCCAGAUGCUAGCUCUCAUUAAAAGGAGCUUAAAACCCACAUCUUCGUGGAGAAGGGACAUUUGGAAGGUCAAUUGUUGCUGUUCCUGCAGAGAUCAGCACGGGGCAGAGAGAAGUCCAUCAGACCCUCUCUGGGCUCUGACACACAUCUGGAAAGCUUAGGACCUCCUGCCCUAUGAACUCUUUGAGCCUUCGCAGUGGGGAUGUGGUGCUGUACGCAGGGAAGGCACCUCCUCCAAGCUGGCUGUGCUCCGGUUCUGCCUUUCUUACGUGUAUGUUUUCCUCACCAUAUUUACUCUCAUCAGAUGCUCUGGGUUGGGUUUUCAUUGACUUCAGACGGAGCACACUGAAUGCAUUUGAAAAUCCACCCAGUAUCCUUGUGUGUGUGUAUUUUUGUUCCAUGUCAUGUAUUUAUAUAUAGUUCUGUGUAUUUGAGUUAUGAACAGGUGGCAUGCCAGAAAUCUCUAUUUCUGAGACACUUUCUGACAAAUCUUUGCUGGUAGCUGGAUAACAAUUGAGGGGAAGGUUUGAAGGGAAGGAAAUGAUAUCUUCCUAUUUAGUUAAAGGGAAAAAUAUUAGACAAAUAAGUGCUAAAAUAGAAAUCUCUGUCUUAUUGUUAGACCAACUAUAAGAGAGAAACUGGUGAAAGUCAGCC